UGAUGGUACAUAUAAAAUACGAUUAAUUAUAUGAUAACACAUAUUUUUAUAACAUAUGAUGACACAUAUAGGAUAUAUAAUAGUGAUUAGGGGUGGACGUUCAUAUUCGUUUUCGAGUCUGUUUGGGAUUUCGUGUUCAAUUCAGAUUUUUGAGAGGAUUUGGAUAACACAUAAAUUGGUUUGGUUUAAAUAUUUGGAUAGAGAAUUAAUAAUUAUUUAAGCAUUUUUGAAGUUUUGAGUAUAUUUUAACUGUUUUAGAUGUUUACGUUUGAUUAUUUGUAUAUAUUUUGAAGUAUUUAAACGAAUUUAAAAGUAUCAUAUAUAUUCUCGAUGUUUUAUAUACAUUAAAUCUAAAAAUUAUUAAUAUAUAUAAGUAUAUAAAUCUAUUUUGGAUACUCAAAAUACUUCGGAUCAGAUUAGGUUUCAGUUUUUCAAACACCAAAAUUCUGAAUAAUUUGGAUAUUUAAUUAAUUUUAGUUCGGAUUUGAUACUUAUUUGGAUUGGGAUUGGUUCGAUUCUUCGAAUUCGAGUUUUUUGUUCGACCCAAAUAGUGACAUAAAAACAAAUAGUAUCAUAUUUUUUAAAAUAUACAUCCGCGCGGGUCAAAAUCUAGUUCCUUUUAAAGUUAAAUACUUUUCCUUAUAAUCUUGUCUUCUUUUGGCAAACCUGGUUUACAAAUAUUUGAUUUGACUUGUAUAUGAUUAAGAUAAGAAUGUAAUCUAAUUUAUGUUUGAAUACCCUAAGAACACACUAUUGACUACUGACUAGUGACUACAACAAAAAGCUAAGUAGAAAACCAGUGAUGACAAGUGACACGUGGCGCGUUCUCUAUCUAUAGCCGUCAAAGGAAUAAACAAAUGCGGGUCCCAUCUAAUAUAUCCAUUAUCCAGAACUACUGGCUCUCUGUCCGCCAGCAAACUAAUAAAAACGUAAAUGACCAUAUUACCCCUUCUCCAGAGCCACAAAGGGGUGGCUAGUUCCGUAAUUUCAAAGAACUCCAAUUUACUUUUUAAUCAAAUGACGAUAGCGCGUGUCAGUACAUAGCCGGAUACUCGCGUCGAUAGCCACCAGGAGAAUCCACCGUUUCAAUCAAAUAGAGAGAGAGAGAGAGAGAGAGAGUGAUCUACUCUAAAUUUCUAGGCUUUGCUGAUUCUCUGUGAAAGUUUCUUCCUUUUUCGAUUCUGGAGAAAGGGUUUCGUUGUUUGGAUGGUGGAAAUGAGACCCGAGUCUAAAUCAGCGGCGAAGUGCCGAGACGAGCUCCCGGUGAAGCUGGAGAUCGCGGAGGACGGUUUAGAAGAAGAGCACGGUCCUCUCAACAAGCGAUCUAAGUUGUGGAGCUCAUCGCCAAUGGCACCGGCCAAGUAUAGCCCGUUUGAUGGGCCGAGUCCUCUUGGACUAAGCCUUAGAAAGAGUCCAUCUUUGCUGGAUUUGAUACAGAUGAGGCUAACGCAAAGCGGUGACCCAAAAGCCGGAGGCUCUGGUGGUGUUAAUCACGAGAGUAAAUGUAUUACUGCUGGAUCGAACUUGGGGCCAGGAAGUAUUGAGAAGCUGAAAGCUUCAAACUUUCCUGCCUCGGUAUUAAAGAUCGGGCAGUGGGAGUAUAAAUCGAGGUAUGAAGGUGAUUUGGUGGCGAAGUGUUACUUUGCAAAACAUAAACUUGUUUGGGAAGUGUUGGAACGAGGUCUCAAGAGUAAAAUCGAGAUCCAAUGGUCAGAUAUUGUGGGGUUGAAAGCAAACUGUCCUGAAAAAGGACCUGGGACGUUGACUCUCCUGGUACAAGAUUCACUCGUGCGUCCGAAUGCUUUUUGUUCAACUCUAAUGUUUGGUUUCUUUUUUUUUUUGUUUCAGCUUUCUAGGCAGCCUUUGUUUUUCCGAGAAACAAACCCGCAGCCUAGGAAACAUACUUUGUGGCAGGCAACUUCAGAUUUUACUGAUGGUCAAGCCAGUAUGUACAGGAAGCAUUUUCUGCAAUGUGCUGAAGGGAUAAUGAACAAACAUUUGGAAAAGCUUGUUCAGUGUGAUCACCGUCUUUUGUAUUUAAGCCGUGAGCCAGAGAUAAUUAUGGAUUCUCCCUGCUUUGAUGCACGGCGAUCUAUCUUUGAGGAUCCGAGUGAAUCAAAAAAGGGUAAUAAUCCUUUUGGGAGUUUUAAUCUUAGCAAAGCUCCUUCAGUAUCUGGGACUCGGAACUUAGCAUCUCCUGUUGGAGCACAGUCAUCCUCUGAGCAUAUGUAUCUGUCUCAUGAAGCACCGUCUCCCAGCUCAGUGAUAGAUGCUCGUGCAAAUGAAGCAGUCAAUUCAAGAAACACAACGGAUUGUGGUCAGAUGGGAGGACUGCGCCAAUCUAUGUCACUGAGUGAUUUCCUUGCAGUUCUCUGUGAUCCAAAAGAUACAAGUGAUUCGAGUCAGGUUGACGAAGUAGCUGGACUACACCAAUCUAUGUCAGUUAGUGAUUUCCUUGCAGUGUUAUCUGAUUCAGGAAACAUAACUGAUUCGAGUCAGAUAAAAGUACCUGGACUACAACAAUCCAUGUCAGUGAGCGAUUUCGUUGGACUUCUCUCUGAUUCUGCUGUUGGAAACCAUCCGGAACAUAUGGAGAAUUUCAACGGCAUGAAGCAGCAAUUGCUAAGUAAUAACAUCCAGUUCGAUGCACCACAAGAUGAGAAGUCUCUCAUGCCAAGGGUUGAUUCCUUAUUCAACCUCUUGUACAAGGAUCUCAACGGCGCUGCAAACUCACAGCUCAAUACUGAAGUCUCGGUUGGAUUGAAGUCUGAACUCAGUGAUCUGAAGGGGAUAGUUCCGGACAAUAACAACAACAGAGUUCUUGAUCCAGCUUCCAGCAGCAGACCACAGGGUAUGUUGAGGAAAGACUCGUUCAGCGAUCUGCUAUUGCAUCUCCCCCGGAUCACAUCCUUGCCAAAGUUCUUGUCCAACAUAUCAGAAGAAGAUAGUGAUGCAUAUAAUAGAUGAUUAUAUAUAUAGAUUCCUUCUUUCUGUUUCAGUAUUUGGCAAGUAUAGGAACCUGAAGUAGCAGCUUUAUGUUUUUUCUUGUAAAUCAAAUUUUGUUUCUUGGUCACUAAACCCCAUAAGGAAUUGAAGAAACAUGUUUUGAUAA